UAACGCAGAAACUUAAUGUGCGUCAUAAAAUACAAUAUCGGUAACAAACUACCAAACAUUCUGUUUAUUUUCUUCAGUUUAGUGAAAUCAAACAUGCAUAUUGCACAUGCUAGAAUCCUUUUGACCUAAUAUAGCUUGACGGCUGUCUACUGCGUUCAAUUUUAGAACAUAUUAACUAAAAUCAAAAGUUAAUUUGAUAGAGGUGUUUUCAGCGAGUAACUAUCGUGUACACGUCAUACCUUUAAUCAGCUGGAUUCGAGGUGAAUUAAUAGUUUUUGACGAUUGAUUUUUCGGCCUACUAUUGUGUCAUUUGGGUUUUUUAUGAUUUAUAAAGGGACACACGCACAAUCGUGAACGGUGACCCAACUAGGUACCAGGCGAGUGGUAGUGCUGAAUAUUCGCAAGGUUGCUUAUACGAAUGAAGGCUCCAAGUGCGUGCCCUCGUUUAUGUAGGGUUAUUUCUUAGCAAUACAUUCUCGUUGGAAAUCUAUACACAUAUUGUAAUAAUAAAAUCGGGUCUAUUGUUUUCAUUCGUUAAAAAUAUGCCUAGAAUAUACCAUAGCAGGUUAACCUAGUUAUUAAGACAACCCCAGAUAGGUACAUGUUUUUUUCAUGUUAUUUCGUUUGACAUGCGAAUCGAUAAAUUCCAUUGGACCUUUAUGAUGCACGCACUAUUUUGUUACUACGCACUAGGCGGUUUUGUUUAGUGUUCGAUUUGCUCACCGACUUGUAAGUAGUUAGUAGGGCUACCGGUAUUUGGCUCUUGGUGUUAUUUAUUUAAUUUGUUUUCUAGUUGUUUAGUACUUCAAAUCGUAUCAGUAAUUAAUAUGACAUAACGAAAUAAAUUGUCAUGUUUUAAAAAUAUUUUCCGAGCACAAUUAACAAUAUUCUGUAGUGUGUUGCGUGUGCGUGAUACUAGAUCAUUUGUAGAAUUCAAACGUACGUGGAACCGAAGAUGGACACUGAAGAUACGAUUAGCAAUCGCGAAAUGAUAUCUACACUGAAAAGCGAAUUGGCCGCAUUGCAGUUCAAAAGAGACCGUCUUAUAUCCGAGCUGCAAGAUACCAGAGGUCAGUUGCGGUCAAGAGAUCAAAGAACAUUCGAACUUGAAGCCGAGACGGAAAUGCUUAAAGAACAACAAGUCAGGCAAAACUCUAUAAUAGCAAGUUUAAGGACCAGGAUAAAGGAACUAGAAGAACAAGAGAGAUCAUUAACUACAUCAUUAGGUAGAGCGGAACUAUCUUCAGAGUCGUUGGCCAGGGAAACCCGUCACCAAGCUGAAAAAUGCGCUGAAUUGGAACGUAAAAUAGAUUUGCUUGAAUUGAACUGUACUCAAGCCGAAAACGCUAGAGAUUCGGCCAAAAGAUCUAUGGCGGAAUUUGUGAGUAGAGCAUCGAUGGCCAUAGGUUAUGAAUCCUUGACUUCCGACUCACCAUCGGCUGUAGACGUCGUUCUAUCUAAGGCAUCUGAAAUGCACCAGGAAUUGACAAGACUUCGGCGAAAAAAUAUCAACGCUAACGAAAACUUGAGCUCCGUCGAAAUGGAAUUAAGACAGUGUCGAGAUCAUUUGGAAAGAGCAUUAGCGGACAAGGAAAACCUUCAAAGACAAGCGGCUGGUCACAUACUCGAGAUUGAUAAGUUAAAACAAGAAAAAGAACAUUUAGAAAUGCAACAAAGGGUAAUGGAACGAGAAUUAUCCGAUCUCAGAGAGAAACUUGCCGCCACCAACAGGAGCUUGGGAGUCACGUCGAAUAGCUUAGCUAGCCAGGAAGCCACCAUUUCUACUCUUCGCAAUGACCUGAGAGGAAAUGAUGAAAAAUGUCAAAGACUGCAAACUGACAUGCACAAUUUCCUCGAAUCCUUAGCUGUGUGUUUGACUUCAGCAGACGGAUAUGUUCAAUCGACCGAGAGUGCGGUAAAGGAUGCGGUGAAAAGACUCGUUACCGAGUUAGCCACAAAAAACACAUUACACGAAGAAUCCAAGGACAGGAUAAUCAAAUUGACGGACCGCGUCGAACGUUUGCAAAUAGACCAAGACAAAGUGGCGCUAGACAACCGAGUAUUAGCCGAUGAGAAACGCAACCUAGAGGCACGCCUAAACAACGUCGAGAGCGAACUUAAUGUAUGCGAGAUGACCAAAGAACACUUACGUAACGACAAAACCAUUUUUGUUACUUUUCUCGACAAAUUAUCAAGAGCGAUGCACAUGGACCAAAUAGCUAAAGACGUUGGAGUAGAUCUUCACACCGAAUCGCUGUUGUUGAGAGCCGAACAACUGGCUAAACUUGAGUAUGACAAAAACAUCGAUAAGUUACUGCUCGGUUAUCCUUAUACAACGUCAUUAGCCAGGCAACGUUUAUAUAGCGAUUUACCUUACAGAGAAAGCGCCCUCGUGUACCAGCUGCAAAGAAGAGUACGUACGUUGAGAGAUCAACUACAAAGGCGCGAUCUUCAUCUUGAUUUGUUGCGACGGAAAAUUAACGUGCAAGAUGAGAGCACGAAAAUGCGUACCCUAAUGCAAACCGAAAGAGACGAGGCCAAUCUACGAGCAAAAAAGUUGCAAAAGCAAUUAGACAAAACGCAGUUACAGUUGGCUGAAUGCAAAGGUCAGAUUAGAGACCUAAAACUACAGCUCUCGGAUGCCGGCGACUGCAAGUUGACUUCACUGGAAAGAGCAAAGAAAAUCGAAGACCUCGAAAAGCGUUUGGUCGAAUCCGAAAUGUUACGCAUGCGUUUUUCACGAAAAGUAACUGUCCUAAAGGAACAGCUGAAAUCUUGUACGGAAUCGCAGGAACAAGAGAAAACUCUUAACGAUCACAGCAUGCGGAUCCUACACGAUGAUCUGGCGUCAAUCAAAUUCCAGCUUAGCGAAGUCAAACGUCGAGAAUGUUCUCUUGAAGACUUCCGCCGGGCUGUGCUCGGCCUGUUGGCGCUGGAUUCUUCUUCAACGGAUUAUGAAAUAACGUCAAAGAUUUCUAAACUAGUGGCCGCCCACAGAGAGUUUUCUAUUUUGUCCAAGAGAUAUGACGACCCGUUGCCGACCUAUGCUCAUAACGCGCCAUCCGAGUCGUCAGACCCGACGGUGGACGACUUUGAAAUCUUGAACAACGCGUACAACAAAAGACCGUUAAGAAAGACUUGAAAGCCCUAAAAAUCCUAGACGAAGGACUAACUCCAUUCUCUCGUCCUAGAUCAUAUCGUCUCUAACCUAUCGCAUAUUUUUUAUUCACCUCAACUCGCCAUUAGUUAUAUCGCGGUUGGCUACUAAAGGUGUAAUGUAUGAAGCUCAUGAGUAUUUUUAGGUAUCGCAUAGGUUAUAGCAGUUGAAACCUCGUUAUACAGACUGUAUUACCGUUUAAGACAUUUCCAUUGUAUGCUAAUAAGUAUAUCCUAUAGAAACUACCGCUAAAGGUGAAACACGUUCUUCUAUCCUUUAUUCGUGGAAACUAUAUUAUUAAUAAUGGUAUUUAUAAAUUAUUUAAGUAUUAAAUUUAAUAAGUACGUUAACGUUUCAAAAUUUAACACGGGAUAACGUUUUAUACAAACAAAUAGGUGUAAUUCGGGAGAAAGUCAAAUACUAAGGUUAGGGCAAGUAGUGUAACAAUUUAAAGCCAAUAAUAAUACAAUGUACUCUUUGCCAAAAACCUGAUACAAUAGUUUUUGUCAUUAACAAGUUACACAUUAGAGCGGUUGUAAUGGUUGAUUAGUUAGCUUUAUUUUAAUAUAUUCAUGCGACUAAUAAAUAUAACUCAUUAUACUUAUUAGUUGUCUUAAAAACUUUAAAUUAACUUUUUAAGCCGUUCGUGUCUGACGGUUGACCUUGUAAUACUAUAUAAAACAUAAGAUAUUAGCUUGCCAGACCUAAUCUAUAACAACUGUAAUUGUUAUGUGACAUGCACAACAAGGUACAGUUAAAUGUAUUUAAGUUGAUUUCGUAUCUUAAUGUCACCAACGAUGGGAAUAUCCGAAUUUUAAGCUUCUUAAUUUGACGGAUUAUCCGGGUUUUUUCUAAUUAAUUUUUUUAUCCAAAUUAAUAAAAAAACUACUAUUUUAAAUAAAUGUCAUAAACCUAGAUAGGUAAUAGAUGUAUAGUGUAUAUAAGUUUUUAAACAAAUAUUUUAUUAUUUAGCCUUAUUUAUAAAAGGAAAAAUUCAGAUAAUCUGAUAUAUCAAUAUUUCCCAAAAACCAAACGCUUAUUUAUUAUUUUCCUUUGCAAAUCUCAUAAAAAUUUAGUAA